AUGCCUAAACGCAAGCUCGACGAAGUCAGCGGCCCCCCGCGGUCCAGCGACACCCGCAAAAUGUCCAUUCACGGCACCCGAUUGACGCAAAUGUUCGAGAACGGUGUAUUAAUGAUAAUGCGAGGUCUCAAGACAUCACGUGGCUUUGAGCGACAAAAGCUUAGUCGGCGAGAGAAGACAGCGAAGGCGCAAAAAGACGAUAAGGCGUUGGCGCGACUAAAGGAAGAAAUCGAGACUUUGAAAGGUCUCGAUUACCAUGUCACAGCCGAGCGAUACCUAUUCAAGCAACUUAUCAGGACGAAGCGGAUUGCAGAGACGCGGACGUUCGGGGAGUUCCAGGCAGUCAAGAAAGUCUCGCAGGAUGGACCGAAGAGUACAGCCGAAGCCAAUAUCCUGGCGCGACUAUUCAAAUCGACUCCUGUACAGAAAGAAAUACCCGGCAUCAUGGCCGGCAUUCGGAAACUACUGAGAGUCGACGAGGCGCCGGCUAGCAAGGCUAAAAAAGAGGAUGACAAGAAGGAUGCGCCAACGAAGGAUUCAGGAAAAGAAAACAGCGGAUCCGAGUCUGAAUCAGAGACAGCGACGACAAAACCCAGGCGCGGCGAGCAGGUCUCCCGCUCCACGAACGACAUGGACAUCUCCGACUCAGACGAAUCCGGAGACAAGGACCUCUCACAAUUCGACUCGCGACUUGGACCGGGCUCGGACUCUGAAGCUGAUUCGGAAUCUGGCGACGAGGAGGACCCCGCCGCAGACGAUAUCUCCGAUUCUAUCUCCCGUUCCCCCUCACCCUCAUUCUCCGCCGCGGACUCCCCGCCGCCCAAGAAAGUAAAGGCAGCCAAGGGCUCUGCUGCAGCAGUGAAUAGCACGACAUUCCUGCCGUCUCUAAUGCACGGCGGUUACUGGUCUGGCUCGGAGGAAGCCACUGAUGAUGAGGAUUCUGGUGCGAAGCCUGUUCGCAAGAACCGCAUGGGUCAGCAGGCCCGUCGGGCUUUGUGGGAGAAGAAAUUCGGAGCGAGUGCAAACCACGUCAAGAAGGAGCAGAUGGCUGCGAAGUAUGGUGGCAGGGAUAAUGGAUGGGAUACGAAGCGCGGUGCAACUGACGGUGCGAGGGGUGGGAGAGGAGGCAGAGGGGGCAGGCGUGGUGGCUUUGGUGGUGGAUCUGCACGGCCUCAGAACAGAGAUGGCCCUGGCCCUACUGGUCCUCACUCUGGGGAGCGGCCCGGUAAGCCUAAAGGUCCGCCCAAGGACGAGGGCCCAUUGCAUCCCUCUUGGGAGGCAAAGCGGAAGGCCAAGGAGCAGACGACAGCUGCUUUCGCUGGAAAGAAGGUUACAUUCGAUUAA